AUGGGUAAUUCUGACAUCUCACAGGUAAAGGCGCUAACUUUCGAUGUUUUCGGCACUGUGGUGAACUGGCGCGACAGCAUCAUACGCGAGGGUGUGAAGUUGGCGAAGGCGAAGGGGCUGGAUGUGGACUGGCCCGUGUUUGCGGACAGGUGGCGCGGCGGCUAUGGCCCGUCUAUGGAGCGGGUGAGAACCGGCGAUCUGCCGUGGACGAACAUCGACACUUUGCAUCGCAUGAUUCUGGACGAGUUGCUGGAAGAGUUCGGGAUUACGGGGCUGUCAGAGGAUGAGAAGCAAGAUUUCAACAAGGCGUGGCAUAGGCUCGACCCGUGGCCGGACUCUGCGCCGGGACUGACGCGGCUGAAGAAGGGGUAUGUCAUCACCACGCUGUCGAACGGCAAUGUUGCGCUGCUGACGAAUAUGGCGAAGUGGGGCGGGCUGCCGUGGGACUGCAUCCUGUCGGCGGAGCUGUUCAAGCGGUACAAGCGCGACCCUAAGGUGUAUCAGGGCGCGGCGAAGCUGCUGGGACUGCCGAACGAUCAGGUGAUGAUGGUUGCGGCGCACAAGUUCGACCUGAAGUCGGCGCAGGAGGCGGGGCUGAGGACAGCAUUCGUGCCGCGACCGGGGGAGCAUGGGCCGGAUGUCGAGAUUGACACGACGAACGAGGACUGGCUGGAUGUGUACGCGACGGACUUCAAUGACCUGGCGGUGAAGCUGGGGGUGUAG